AGUUUAGGGAGGCCUAAUAUGAACCAAUAAUACUAUACGACUCCUUCUUUCUCCAAUACUCGUGUUGUUGUGGCUUAAACCCUAAAUCUCCACUCACCAAAAUCCAAUCUAAACCCUAUCCGCCAUUGAUUCUUAUGCAUUAUGCAGCUCUCACGAGGUAAUGUUUCGAAGCUUGUCCUCUCCAAAAUCUGCAACUCUCUUGUUCGUUCAUCUCAAUCCUCAAUUUUGACAACCGAAGCAUCAUCAUCACCUUUCAAUUUAUCGAAGGAGCUUCGAUGGUUUAGCUCCAGCAUUAAUGGCGGCGAUGAAAGUGAAGUGACGAAUCAAAGCCAAAGCUCAGGCGAAAGGGUUCCACAGAACUCGUGGGAGCCCAAACCCAACAGACCCAUGCGAGGGAGAGCUCCGUUCAAUACCCAGAGUCCUAAACCUCGUGGGAGAAAUUCAGAGAAGAGGGAAAAUCCUUUAGAAGACAACAGUUUUCUUGAAAGAUUCAAGCUUGGAGCUAAUGAUACUGAGUACGAUAAAAGAGAACAGCCUCGGCAACAAGAAGUUCCCAAACCACCUCCACCGGUGCCUGAGGAUGCGGAUGAGAUAUUUAAGAAGAUGAAGGAAACGGGUCUUAUUCCAAACGCGGUAGCCAUGCUUGAUGGGCUUUGCAAAGAUGGUCUUGUUCAGGAAGCAAUGAAACUUUUCGGUGUGAUGAGGGAGAAAGGUACUAUACCUGAAGUUGUUAUAUAUACUGCUGUUGUUGAUGGGUUCUGUAAGGCUCAGAAGCUUGAUGAUGCUAUUAGAAUUUUUAGGAAGAUGCAAAGCAAUGGGAUUGAUCCAAAUGCCUUUAGUUACUCUGUAUUGAUUCAGGGUUUGUAUAAAUGUAAAAGAUUAGAUGAUGGUGUAGAGUUUUGUAUGGAGAUGUUGGAAGCCGGGCAUUCGCCGAAUGUCACUACUUUUGUGGGCUUGGUUGAUGGGUUGUGUGAGGAAAAGGGUGUUGAAGAAGCUAACAUUGUCAUUACACAGUUAAGACAGAAGGGUUUUACAGUUAAUGACAAAGCUGUUAGAGAAUUUUUGGACAAAAAAGCUCCAUUUUCGCCUUUGGUUUGGGAAGCUAUCUUCGGGAAGAAACCUUCACAGAGAUUAUUUUGAGACCAAGUCCUCUUUGGCCUUGAAAAGAAUAAUUAUGCUUCUACAUUAAUCCUGCUACUUUGGUUGGCAAGACAUUAAUGUUCUGUACAGAAGCAUUUUCAUCUUAAGUGUUUUUGCAUAAAUAGAACACAGAAUCAGAGAAUCGAGUUUCCUUCAUAUUGCUUCUACCGAGUUUUCUGGUAACUAAAACCAGGUACAUUUCUGGAUCCCGAUAGGAAUAUGAUCAGACAUGGAUCACUAACAUGUUUUCACUGGAAAAGGGGCAAUGCAUAUGUUCAUUUUCGAGUACUUUGUGUUAUGUUUCCUUCCAAGGUCCCUGCAGAAAGAAAAAAGAAAGAAGUUUUUUCAUCUUAAUGGUCAACUGUUUUGAAAUAAAAUUCUAGAUUAAGCCUCUCCCAUGACUACUCAGAAUUUCUUAUCACUUGACUAUAUGUGUCCUAUUGUAUCACUCUAACUAAAAAUAAUGAAAUUAAUGAUACUACACUCAAAAUAUGUAUCGAAAUAUUACAUUAAUCAUAUUUAUCUUUGUUUCA